AUAAUGGCGGCUGCCAGGUUACCCCAUCGAUUGUUAGAAGUUCUUUUCUCGUAUUUGGAUAUUUCCGAUCUAAGAAGCUGCUCAUUAGUGUGUAAAAAUUGGUAUCGAUUUUUAAAUGAUGAAAACAACGAUGUCUGGCGACUUCAUUGUGUAAGAAAGUUGGCAGAGGAAGCGCUAAAAUCAGAUCUUCUUAGCAACGUCCCAACUUACAAAGCAAAAUUAAGGGCGUUUUAUCAUGCCUGGAACCCAAAUGACUGCUCUAGAAACGUUUAUAUUAAACCUAAUGGUUUUACACUUCACAGAAACCCAGUAGCUCAGACAACGGAUGGUGCAAGAGGAAAAAUAGGUUUCAAAACUGGACGACAUUGUUGGGAAGUUUGGUGGGAAGGUCCCCUAGGUACAGUGGCAAUGAUCGGUUUAAUGACCAGAGAUUCUCCUGUUCAGUGUCCUGGCUAUUUUCCUCUUGUUGGUGGAGACAGCAACAGUUGGGGAUGGAAUCUUGUGGAUAAUCAUUUGAUUCACAAUGGAGAUAGUCAAGGAAACUAUCCACCUUUAAAUAAUGCACCAAAAUAUCAAGUAGGUGAACGUAUUAGAGUUAUAUUGGAUUGUGAAGACAAUACUUUAGCAUUUGAGAAAAACUACGAGUUUCUAGGAGUGGCGUUUCGAGGUUUACCCAACACUCAACUCUACCCAGCCGUCUCUGCUGUCUAUGGCAACACAGAAGUAUCAAUGGUGUAUCUUGGUCCUCCAUUUGAUGGCUGACAUUCUCUCAUCGAUUGCUUGUAUGAAUGGAAUGAUUCUUAGGAUAUGAAAUUUGUGUAACAAAGCUUUGCUAUUGAAAAACUAGUGUUUUGUAGCCACCAAACAGAUCUGUAAAUAAAAAAUGUCAUGUACAAAUGUUUGCCUAAAAAUGUUAUUUUAUACUAAAAUUAUUUUAUUAUUGCAUGUUAAUGAUGAUAUUCUCUUUGCUUUCAUAUUCCCAAUUUCCCUUAGCUCAAAGAUCUUGUAUUAUUUUCACUCAGAGAUAUAUAGGCAUGUUCAAGGUUUUAUUCAAUGCUUAAGGGUCAUUAAAUUAUUAUGUACAAAGGAAGGGUGUGUGGCAUAAAAGCUUGUGGGGUGGGAUGGGAGGCAAUUUCAUUAAUUUGCACAUCUGCACCUUAUAUUGAACAGCAAUAUACAGUAUACUUAUGGUUAACCACAGAAUGUCACUCAACCUGUAUCCAAAUAUUGUUUAAAUUUAACAGGUAAUUAAUUUUUCUUCCUUUUAUUUUAUUUAUAAAAAGUAUUCAAAUUUUUAAGAGCACUAAAAUAAGAAAAAGAACAUACAUUUUCUUGGCUUAAACAGUACUAAAAGUACAAAUCUUGGUUACUCUACUCUAGAAUUUAACGUACAUGUUGAAACAAAUGCAGGGGUGCCACUUUUCCGGGAUAUCCCGGAUUUCCGGAUACGAGAAUCAUAUUUUUUUGCCUUUCCGGAUUCGCAAGAUUUGAGUUUGAAAAUUUCCGGGUUUGCAGUUAAAAAAAAAUUAAGAUAGUUUUAAGCUUGAAAAUGUUGACAUUUUAGAAAUUGUUUUUGAAAUGUUUUUUUACCUAUUAGUAUUAUGCUUUUCUUUUCCUGUAGUAAAAAUGUUUGUAAACAGCAUUCUUGGACACCAGAUCAUCUAUUUUCCUUUUUUAGAUAUAUUUAGCAAUUUUAAAGUUUUCAAUGUUUCAUUUAAUUUCAAAUGAAACAAUUGUACACUGUCAUCAGAGAUGCACUAGCUAUACUAGAAAUGUGUGGAGUUAGAAAAUUAACCACAAACCACUGAUAGCUUGUAAUGAACUCGACAAUCCUGCUGUUAGAAAGGAGUGAAUGAAAUGAAAACUGAGAUAAUGCACACAAUGUUUAGUUUGACUACUUUCUAUACUAUCUACGACUACAGAAAAUUCUUUAACUUUACCAUCCCAAAAAAUACUUAACGUUUUUGGUUCUUAGUAGAAAAAAAAAACAUUACUAUAAAAUAAGCGCUCAUCAUAGAUUUAAAAACAUUUUCAAUACAUUCUACAGUAUACUCUUAAAUAUUUAAUAAAAGAUGUUAUACAAAGGAUAAAUAAAUAAUCCACUAUAUGCAUUAACUUACACAUACACAAUUUAAGUUUCAAUUGGUAUAUUAUUAUAGGUUUUUAGAGAAGAUUAAUUAAAUUACAUAGGCUUGAUCAAGUACACAACAUUGUAAACAUGUAUAUUCAUGUGUGCACCAAACUGACCAGAUGUUAAUGUUAGGUUUGAGUGAUUCAGUUAUGAAGUUCUGUCACAUCUGAAGUAUCAGAUGUAUUUUUAAAACAUGGUAGUUGUAAUGCCAGUGAUAGAUGUUUUAGGUCUGUUUAUUGUGAACUAUUUUAAAAAAGACGCACUGACUAAUCAAUAAGCUGAGACUAGAAUUUUCCUGCAGAUGGAUCAAAGACAUUAGAGUGGUGAAAAUUUAGAAAUAGUUGUUGGAUUUUGUUCUCCAAAUUGUGAUAUUCUGGAUUGUUAAAUUUUCAGUAAAAUGUCAAUUCUAUUUGUGAAUCAUCACUUUACUUACAAUAAGUUGUAUAAUUGAUUGUGUCUUUAGUUAUAUAAUUUAUUUGUGUAUAAUUUAAGCUUUGAAUUGUUAGGAAAUAUUGCAGUAAAUUAAUUCCAUUUGAAAAUUAAUUGUAUUAACUGUAACUUAUAAAUUACAUGGCACAUAAAGUUGUUAAAACAAUGAAUGGAUCACUAAUACUGACAAUGUAUUCAAAUAUUUAUUAUAUAUAUAUAUAAAUAUCAAUACUACACAUCACCCCCUGCCAUGUAUUGUU